AGGGAGAGAGACAGAGAGAGACAGACAGAGAGGGGGAGAGACAGAUAGGGGGAGAGACAGAUAGGGGGAGAGACAGAGAGGGGGACACAGGGGGACAAGAUGCAGAGGCUGCACUAUAGCGGGGAGCCCGUGGCCGACGCUGCCUCCACCGACAUCCAGACCCUCAACAAAUUCUCCGACCAGCAAUUUGCAGCAUUGACAGAAAUACUCUUUCGCUUUGUUACAGAACCUACGGAGUCAGAGCGGUUACUGAACGAGCUCGGUGAAUUUGCCUCACAAAAUGGAAUGAUCUUGGGCCCCUUGAAGAACAUUGUGAAAAGUGCUCUGUUGGUUCCUAAUGGUGCCUUGAAAAGAAAUUUGACAGCUGAACAUGUCAAAGCUGAUUUCAUUGCUCUGGGACAGUGAGGAGAAGGCGGGAUGCUUUGCAGAUCAGUGGAAAUUGCAUUCUGUGGCGCUGUCAA